AACAGCAGAAAGUGAGGCAGAUCCUUUAGUUCUCAGUCUCCUCUGCUGUGGAACCAGCUUUUGAAUCAGCCACCCUGCUUACUUUUAAUAGACCCCUGUGCUCUUUGGAAAGUGGAUUGAUGAUCAUGGCUUACAGAGGGGUGGCUGAUGGCGCUGAGGCAGGCAGACGGUGAGGGAGGGGGGGCAACCACAGCUGCAGGAGCAGGGGAGGAAGCGAGCGGAGGAUGCUUAUCUUCAAGCAUGUGAUGACAGAGGCCUGAAGAUUGAGAGGCUGCGGCAGCAGGACCUGCGAGCAUCCAGCUUCAAUGAAGGAUGAAGAGUCCGGUGCACAGAUGCAGGGACGUGGAGCACGGCCGCGGGCAGGCCGGGACCGGGACCGGGGGCGGGGGCGGGUCCAACUGCCUGCAACCUGAACAGCGCAUCCCUGUCUCCAAAGACGUCAUCACUUCCUCCUCUUCCUCAGCUUUGUGGUUCAUCAGGGACACCUGCGGCAUCGUGUGCGCCAUCAUAACAUGGCUGCUGGUGUUUUACGCUGAGUUUGUGGUGCUGUUUGUCAUGCUGGUGCCCUCCAAGAAUCUCACUUACAGCAUUGUGAACGGGACCUUGUUCAAUACUUUGGCCUUUCUAGCCCUCGCCUCACACCUCAGGGCCAUGUGCACUGACCCUGGGGCAGUGCCAAAAGGGAACGCCACUAAGGAAUACAUAGAAAGCCUUCAGCUGAAACCAGGGCAGGUGGUCUACAAAUGUCCCAAGUGUUGCAGCAUCAAGCCUGACCGAGCGCACCACUGCAGUGUGUGUAAACGAUGCAUACGGAAGAUGGACCACCACUGUCCCUGGGUCAACAACUGUGUUGGGGAAAACAACCAAAAGUACUUUGUUCUUUUCACAAUGUACAUUGCACUCAUCUCUCUGCACUCUCUGGUCAUGGUGGUCUUCCAUUUCCUCUACUGCUUUGAAGAUGAUUGGACAAAGUGCAGCUCCUUCUCUCCUCCUGCAACAGUCAUCCUCCUCAUCCUCCUGUGCUUUGAGGGCCUCCUCUUCCUCAUCUUCACCUCUGUGAUGUUUGGCACCCAGGUCCACUCCAUCUGUACCGAUGAGACAGGCAUAGAGCAGUUGAAAAAGGAAGAGCGAAGAUGGGCUAAAAAAACUAAGUGGAUGAACAUGAGGGCGGUUUUUGGACACCAUUUUUCUUUAUUGUGGUUAAGCCCCUUCUCCACCCCUGACCACGGCAAGGCUGAGACCUACCAGUAUGUGGUGUGAGGGAGCUCAGGACAGGGAAUGAGAAGGCCUGGAAAAGCUAGCCUGUUUGCCCAACUCAGCCUCUCUUACAGUGUUCGUCCCACACAAGCCAUGGACAGCUUGUCAUGUGCUCUUUGUGCUGACAACUAAGUGAGCAAUGUCUAAUUUAUUUUUAUUUAUUUUUUUGUUUGCCUUUAUAAGUCGAGUUGCAGAGAAAAAGAAACACUGUCUGUCUUUUUGCAAACACUGUGAUAAAUCAGUUUUUUUUCUCAUAUCAGAAACUGUCUGUUCUUGCUUGGUGCGUAAUCUUCCUGCGUUUUGUUCAAGGAUACGUUCAGCCAAAUUACAAAAGAAAAAGGGAUUCGAUGUAAAAUGACAUCACUUCAUCCUGCAGGUAUAUGGCUGUUCUUGUAGGGUAGGUGACUAAAACGGUGAAAAAUCAAAAUGAAAUCGAUUAUUAGGUUAUGAGAGUAGCCAGAAGAAUUUAACCUGCAUGUUUUUAUCAGGGACAUGUGAAGGAAUGCACCUCCCUCAUCUGCUGAAAAAUGUAUUUAGCCACUGGUUCAGUCCAGACACACCGACUGAGAUAUAUCCAGUAUACAUGAUGACUUUCGAAACAUUUUCUGCCCCUUGAUUUCUUCCAGUUUUGCAGUGAACAUUGAACAAUGUGCAAAACUGUUAAGAAAUGUAUUCCAAAACGUUUGGAGCUGGAACUGCAGUUAAAAGUGGUUCUACAAGGUUUUGGGUCAUGAGUUGAAUAAAUCAUUUUCUGCACUACUAAGGACAAGAGAUGCAGCGAUAAAUUGGUGCUGAUUUCCUUCAUGUUUGGUGAUCGAAGGUGUGAAAAUCAGCCGCUGUCCUGUUUUAAUCACACAAGUGAUUAACAAUAAUCAUCUCACUUUUGCCAACUUGGUUUGUUGUCCGUUAGGCUCAGUUUGACUGGGGACCAAAAUUGCAACAUUUUUUAUUUUCUGCUGAUGCAGUUUUCUUUCAUACUACAAUGUGUCAAAUGAACCAAACCCUUUGAAAGACCUGUUCCCCUCUUUGCCUGAAGAGGCGCUGUACCAAGAGCCAUUGAGAGAAAUGACAUAAAAACCUCUGAAGAUAUUGAGAGGAGCUUCUUUUGUCAUAAAGCCAAAAUCAGAUUGUAGUUGUAGGAUUUUUGUUUUGACGUUUGUAAAAGAACACAGAAGCCAUUCAGAUUCAGAUUUAUUCAUGUCCCCAAUGGGCAAUUGAUGAGCCAUUACUCCAGCUGGCAUUAGUCUCAUUCCUUUAUUAUGGUUAUAUUUACCCAGAAUGCCCUGCGUUAUAGUCUGCUUCCUGCUUUUGGAACGGGCUUGGUGUUCACAUAUGCAUUUGCGUCAGUUCACUUCAGCUCAACAACUCUAGGUUUGUAGGUGGACCAGAGUUUUAUUGUUUGCCUGUUUUUAGUUUGCAUUCAUUUUUUUUGUUCUAAUUGGUCAGUCACAUCUCCCCAAACGAACCAGACUGCAGACAAACUGAGAUUAAAGACGACUGAACAGGGCCGAUCUGAAUGCAUACUUAACCAUUUUUGGCACUAUAUUUAUAUAUGCUAUAUCUGCAUUUUUGGACUUUCUAGGACCCAAAAAUUUGUAUUUGUCAAAAUCUGAACAGACUUUUAAAUGAUCUUUCAGAAAACUACAAUCGGUGCUCUCCUAGUUGCACUAUUUUGUUCCAGUCUCUCACCUGCAAUCCUAUAUUAUGACUUAACUGUGAUGAAAGGUGAACAAGUUCAAGAUGUAAGGCACUUUAAGGAUUUAUCUCUAUGUAUACAAGCUGCUGCACAGCCUCUAAUCAUCUAAAAUAUAUUUCACUCCCAGGAUGAGUUAAAAUAGGGAAUUAAUGGUAAAUAUAUUCUGUAAUUUAGCUGAACGAUCUUUUUUGUUUUGGACUGGCAAAAUUCUGUUUCCAUAUUGAAGUGAUUCCUUUGUGAAACCAGAUCCAUGAGCUUUUAAUUGCUGCCAAAAGCUGCACAUAAGCAGCUCCUCUUUGCUAUUUCAGCUAUUUUUAUCAAUUCAUUUUCUUAUUUUUAUUUUGUAUGAAGGACAGAUUCUAAGAAUCAAAGAAAUAAAAACUGUUUAGUUCUUCCUG